AUGUCACUUGCGAAAAAUAAUACUGCGGAUCGUGAAAUCAAUUCGAAAUAUAGUCCGUGUUCUGAACUGAAAGUCCUCGCAAAAGUGAUCUUACAGAAUCAGUCGAACGAAGAAAUAAUCAGUGAUGAUGAGGCACGACGGCGUCGCGAACAGCUCAAUCGACGACCAUCAUACCG